AUGGAUCGCACUGCAUCGGCCGAGUCGACAGGGAGCACUUCCAGCCCCACAUCUGGGGCAGGACCGAUGGGCGUGAAGGUCGUAGCUAGUACUUGGGCUCGCGACUCUCACGACCUCUUCGACUUUGAAGCAAGUCAGCUGCAAACGCAGACUUUCACAGUCCCCAAUUCGGCAAAAUUUGUUCGGUCUGGAACAGAUGUCCAGAUGUUCACGGACAACGAAAGCCCACCCGCAGGUGGGGAGCCUAUGCUCCGUCUAGUUCAGCGAGAGGGCUGCUAUUGGGUGGACAAGGUAGCUCCCGCCAGCAACAGUUCCAAGAAACUGUGGGUAGUAGUUCGGGAUCUGGCUACGUCCGGACAUAAGCUGUCAGAAAGUGACGUGAUUAAGCUUGGCCGCUUCAAGUUCAAGGUUCGGCAGAUGGUGGCAUCUGAGUCGUCCGCGGUCCAGCCGGAGCUGCAUUUGGAUGAUUCUGCUGGGUCCACAUGCGACAUAGAGUCGGAUCAUGAGACCCGCCUGGCGUCGACGUCUUGCCGUAUUUGCCUGCUGGAGGGAUCCUCUGAUGAUGACCCCCUCAUCAGGCCUUGCAAUUGCAGAGGGUCGAUUGAGUAUGUCCAUCUUGGAUGCCUCCGCCACUGGGUCAAGGGACGCCUGAACAUUGCGGAUACACCAGAAGGCUCGUACUUCUAUCGGCCGUUGCCUUGUGAACUGUGCAAGGCCGCAUAUCCAGCCUCAGUUACCAAAGGAGAGGACAAGAUGCCUCUUGUGGAGGUCCCGAAGACAAAGCCCCCCUUCAUUGUCCUCGAGAACAUGAUGCGUGAUGCGCAGCAGCACAGCAGCCGCGGUUUGCAUGUGGUGUCUCUUGCAGAGAACAAGGUCCUAAAGCUUGGUAGAGGCCACGAAAGCAAUGUGCGCAUUGCAGAUGUGUCGAUCUCGCGCUGUCACGCCAUAAUUCGCUAUCAGAAAGGCAGCUUCGUGCUGGAAGACCAUAACUCCAAAUUCGGUACUCUUGUGGCCAUGAAAAAGCCACGCCCACUUGAUCAUAGCAGCGCUAUCUCAAUUCAGGUUGGGCGCACUGUUUUGUCGCUGUCUUUGCAGUCGGAGCCGCCUGGCGGGCCGGUCAAUAGCCCUGCCACGACAGAGGAAGAAACUCCAAUGCAGGGCGGCAACUGUGAUGUGCACAGCAUGGUCCGGCUGCGGGAGUCUGGGUUUCCACACUUGAGAGCGACUAAUGGCUCGAUGCUAGACGCGAUUAGAUGCGACGGGGCAACAGCCAAGAUACGUUUCGGCAAGGAAGCAUCAGAGCAGUUUCUCUGCCGAUGGCCACUUUUGGUUCACGUCAUUGGGGACCAUUCCCUGGCACAUGCCUUGCUGACGCUGAGCUGCUAUUUCCUUUUCGACCAGGAGGACAGCGCUGAUAAGUUCAUCAAGGAUUACCAUGGGCACCAGUUUGUCGACGGGCAAGGGGAAAGCUUUCGUGCUGUCGCUUGCUUUGCUCCGUAUGCCAAAGUUCCCCGCCAGAAGGUGACGAAGGAUGCCCGUGACGGAACUAUCUUUGAAGAUGCUAUCUACAAGCAGUUUUUGGACGGAUUGGCAGUCCCGAAGACAUUCGAGGCUCCGCCAGAUCCAGUUUCGGAGCUGCAACCUUCGAGCAAGAAGGACACCCCAUUGUUAAAUUACAUGAAGACCAGGGCUGCUGAGAGAAGAGCUCGUCAAGAGAAACGUGAAAGGGAACGCAAGAGAUGGCACGACCGACUGGGUCGAAUAGACGAAAAGCCCCGAUGGCGGUGCGCGGAGUGCGGCACCGUGAAGCAUUUGGAAGAAGAUCCAGAUUCAAGAGGAACCUUCUACUGCACGUACUGCUGGGAGAUCUGGGAAGCUCAGGAGUACAAGCAGAAGAAGAAAAAGAAGAAGUCAAAGAAGGCCGAGGAAUAUGCAGAAGAAGAAGAGGAGGAGGAUUGGUACGAGGAGCCGAGCAGCAAAAAGAAAAAGAAGAAAAAGAAACAUGAAGCGUACGAAGAAGAGUGGCAUGACCACGCCAGUGGCUGGCACAGCUCUGAGCAAGGAGACGACUGGGCCUGGUACGAUGCAGAAGCAUCUGAGGAGCCCAAGAAAAAGAAGAAGAAAAAGAAAUCGAAGGACGAGGAUGAGUAUGGUGCUUGCCACUGGCACGAAGAGGACUACUGGGGCGAGCAGGAGGGCAAAGCAAAAUCUAAGAGGUCAAAAGCCAAGGAGUCCGAAGAGUGGUGGGAAGAGUCGUGGGGGCCCCAUACCAGGCUCACCUGGGCUGGCAAAGCAAUAGCCAGCGUUGACAAGAACACGUCUGUUUGCUUGGCUGAUGUUUCAGACUGA